AUUUCAAACAAUUCCCAAUGGAGAAGCCACAAAUGGACAACAACAACAAAAAAACCAUGUCCAACAAAAACAUCGAAAUCGAAUUAGGGCAAAAUGAAGAAGCCCUAGUCGAGGCCGAAGACUACUCAAAGAGAGCACAAUGGCUCCGCGCGGCCGUCUUGGGAGCCAACGACGGCCUCCUCUCCACCGCGUCGCUCAUGAUGGGCAUCGGAGCAGUCCGGCGCGACGCCAAGAUAAUGCUCCUCACCGGCGCCGCCGGCUUGGUGGCCGGCGCCUGCAGCAUGGCCAUCGGAGAGUUCGUCUCCGUCUACUCUCAGCUCGACAUCGAGGUGGCUCAGAUGAAGAGAGAGAAAAGGGGCCGCGAGGAGAGGAACCUGCCGAGCCCGGUGCAGGCGGCGGGGGCGUCGGCGGCGGCGUUCACGGUGGGGGCGGGAGUGCCGCUGCUCGCGGCCGCGUUUGCGCGGGACUACCGUGUGAGGCUCGGGGCGGUGGUGGCGGCCGUGAGCGUGGCGCUAAUAGGGUUUGGGUGGGCGGCGGCGGCGCUCGGGAGGGCGCCGCCGGUGAGGGCGGCGAUGAGGGUGCUGGUUGGGGGGUGGGUGGCAAUGGGGAUCACGUUUGGUCUUACCAAGUUGAUUGGUUACACUAGUGGCAUUUGAUUUGAAGUGUACGUUGUUGAUGACUCGAACCUAUGACUAAUUGGUGUUUUUUUUUUUGAGUUAAUAACUUAAUAUAAUGAUUUAUUGUUAUGUGGGAUUUAUGUUUUGCAAGUUUAGACAUUGAUAUAAUGUAAUCUCCCUUUUUCUUUGUUCGAUAAUAUAAGUUUUAUU